AUGCCACAACAAGACAACCUGUCAGGUUCCAACAGCACAGGCUCUGAUCCAUCAGUGUUCUUCCUGACAGGCAUCCCGGGGCUGGAAUCUCUGCACCUCUGGAUCUCCAUCCCCUUCUGCUCGAUGUUCACCGUGGCCCUUCUAGGAAACUGCACCCUCUUGUAUGUUAUCAAGACAGAGCCCUCCCUACACAAGCCCAUGUUCUAUUUCCUCACCAUGCUGGCCGUCAUCGACCUGGUUUUAUCCACAACCACCGUGCCGAAAAUACUGAGCAUCUUCUGGUUUAAUUCCAGGGAGAUCAGCUUUAACGGCUGCCUGGUGCAGAUGUUUUUCCUUCACUCGUUCUUCAUCAUGCAGACUGCUCUGCUGCUGGCCAUGGCCUUCGACAGGUACGUGGCCAUCUGCAACCCCCUGCGCUACGCCACCAUCCUGACCAACUCAGUGAUAGCAAAGAUCGGGCUGGCGGCUUUGGCCCGGGCUGUUCUGCUAAUGGUCCCUCUGCCCUUCCUCCUCAGGAGGCUGCCCUACUGCGGGUCACACAUCAUCUCCCAUUGCUACUGUGAGCACAUGGCCGUGGUGAAGCUGGCCUGUGCUGACACCAGGUUUAGUAACGUCUAUGGGAUCAUCGUAACUCUCUUCAUCGUGGGGCUGGAUCUGAUAUUCAUCUUCCUAUCGUAUGUCAAGCUCCUAAGGGCUGUCUUAAGCCUGGCAUCCAAGGAAGAGAAACUCAAGGCUUUCGGCACC